AUGAGGGUCCUGGUAUGUUUAAUGGUGAUCUCCGCGGCGUUCGCCGCUGAAGAAAAGACGGUCCAGAAGCGUGGAUUGCUCAACUUGGGCCUUGGUGGAUGGGACGGUGGUUGGGAUGGUGGCCUGCUCGGCUCUGAAUUGGGACAUGGCAAACUCGCGGUCGCCAUUCAGGAAAGGCCCGUCGCUGUUCCAGUUCCAGUCCCGAAACCAUACCCAGUCGCUGUCGACCGACCAGUUCCUGUUAAGGUACCAGUCGCUGUUCCACAUCCUGUCCCCGUUGCGGUUCCAGUGCCCAAACCCUAUCCAGUAAUCCAGACUCAGACCAUCACGGUUCCAGUUGAAAAGCCGGUCCCAGUCACGGUUCCAGUUAAGGUGCCCGUGCCUGUGCCUGCACCAUACCCCGUCCAUGUACCAGUCUCUCAUCCAGUUCCAGUCCCAGUUCUGGUUUCCAAGCCAGUUGCAGUUCCAGUUCCACAGCCUGUCUUGGUUAAGGAACAAGUCCCCGUUCUCGUUAAGGGACUGGGCUAUGGCCAUGGCCACUACUAGAUGAAUUUUCCCCCAAGAUCUGUCACCGCCCCCACGUCCCCACCUAACCACCCUGCAGCAUCGCAAAAGACACCAUGAUGAGCGCAUUACCAAAACACG